GCUAUGAUUAGAACAGCUAUCGAAGUAAAAGUGAACAGUUAUAACAAAAACUCAACUCCCUUCUUGGAAGGAACUGUGUAUUUAGGAUUAAACCUCCGCAGACAUUACACUUGUGUAUUCAAUGUUUUAACUUGGAAAUAUGGUGCCUCAAAAUAACGCAUCGGUCUUCGGAUCGCAGUGUAUAGACCCAAACACACACACACCAUACACGGAUGCCACUCAGUGCAAAAAGCAGUCUAACCACGUUAAGCGGCCAAUGAAUGCUUUCAUGGUGUGGUCCCAGCUUGAACGUCGAAAGAUCUCUGAGGUAUCGCCUGAUAUGCACAAUGCAGAGAUUAGUAAACGACUGGGAAAACGCUGGAAAACGUUAAACGAUACAGAUCGCCAGCCCUUCAUCGAGGAGGCAGAGCGCCUGAGACUGUUACACAUGCAGGAAUAUCCUGACUACAAAUACCGUCCCCGUAAGAAGGCCAAACCUGUGACAAAAUCCGACUCCAAAGUGUCAAAACCUACCAACAAAACUCGCACAGAUCGCAUGAAGCAGAAAGCAGCCGUGAGAAACUUUCUGGAUGGGGCUAAUGAUCCUGAAAGUGUAAGUACUCCAUACAAUAGUCGUCUGAAACUCAAGUUGACCAUUGACAAAAAAUUCAAAGACAGUAUUAAGGCAAGUAGACAUGUACCCGUGUCAUCGUGCCAGCUGACCCCUCCCGCCAAAGUACCGUCCAGUCCCUCAGUCUACUCGCCCCCAACCCCUGAAUCCACCAGUUUCUACCCCGAAGAAGGAAUCUACGAUACUCCGGCCGCCUCGCCCGAGGACAUAAAAUGUCAUCCCACCAAUAUCACAACUCAGGGUAAUCAAACUCAGCAGGGAGAUGGAUCUUCGUUGGCGGAUCUCGAUAACCUCACCGAUGUGCUUCGAAUGCCUAACGACUGGCAGAUAGAGUUAGGGAACUUGGACUUGAGUAAACUCGCCGACACGUGUGAUUUCCCCAACUUCGACAUGCAUAAUAACAAUUCGAAUGUGUCAAGUGCUUGCUCCACAUCCAGCAAUGGAUCGCAUUUUGAAUUCCCGGAUUAUUCCACGCCUGAAGUUUCCGAAAUGAUUGGACUGGAAUCUGAAUGGUUAGACAUUUCCGUUCUUGGCUCAAUUGCUGCUCAUUGAACAUUUUCUCGUGUUUCAUCGUUUAAUCUUUCGUAUGUGUGUGUUCUUGUUAUGACUGAUUGUUGAUAAUUCUGAAGGGACAUGUGCAAAUAAUACGUUAUAAUCCAAACGAGCAUUUUUCGGGAGGACCUUUCUGUCGGUAUUGCGGACCACGUGGAAAGUCGGGACCCGAGGCGCGGAUCAAAGAUCUCGCGUGUCGUGGCAGAGACUGGUAUAGUUGUGAUGUAUAAAUAUAUUUAUGAGAGAUUUAUAUCUAUAUUCUAUAUAAACUGUGAGAACGAAUUGAUCCAUAUCAAGUAUAUUUGUGCUGUGUGUCAUAUUCUCAGUAUUGUAUUGUAGAACUCACUGUCUCCAUAUAUUUAGUAUUUUGUGGAUGGACAUCUCUCAUUGUUUCCAUUAUUCUCACCAGUGUGUAAUAAUCAUAUUUUGUGUCUUAUUCCAUAAAAAUGAUCUGCAGGGAUAUUUUUUCAUACAAAGAAAUGUAGAUAUUUUAUACUAUAUUCUUUGAGAAAAUAAUACGUGAAAAAAAGGUCACAGUGAAAUCUCAAUAUUUUGCAAUGAACCAUUUUUUUUUUAUACACAAGCACAAAUGAAAAACCUUUUUCUAUUAUGUCGUUCUUUGUAAUAGUGUAAAUCUCCUGUGUGUACAUUUGUUAUAAAGUGGACAAAAACUUAACGAUGGGAGUCUAUUUAUAUUGUGCUAUUAAGAUUUUUGUUGUUAGAAAAAUAUUCCCCCAUCUUAAAUUUGUGACUAUAUAUUUUGAUACGUACGCAUUAAUCCAACGAACAAUUUUGUCGGGCGAAAACGGGAGAAGCCAAAUGUACAUAUGACAUUUUAUUAUUAUUAUAUUAUACAUGGCAUGUGCAAAUAAUAUUUGUACGAUCGUUAAUCUUAAGUUGUAGUCAAAUACAACAAAAAGUCUACAAAACUUAAAA